AUGAGCACCUUCGAAAAAUUCGACCUGCGGUUUCUCCCUACAACUCCGUGUUCCUUUGCCCACUCCAAUAGCUUAGGAGUUGGUCUCCCCAUCGCUAAGAUGCCAAGCAAUAGCGACAAGGGCCAAGCCAAGAAAACCAAGAAAGUCACUUUUAAUGAAUCAAAAGUCGGAAUUGAGGACCGUAAGGGUACGCAGGCCACACCUCGCUUUGAUCAUGACGCUGAGGUUAUGUUUGCCUACGAAGACAAUAGACCAUCAACCCGGAGCCAAACUCGGGUGUUUAAAGCGAGAGCGAAAACUCCUGUCGGAAAUGUUUCUAAUAAAGAGGCUAGUCCCUUGGUCUUCGCAUAUGCUGAGGCAUUCGACGAAGACUCUGAGGACUUCACGGAUGCGAUCAACGCUAUACAGAGCGACGAGGAUAGCGACGAGGAGGUUUGGAAAGGCUGUGCCAAGGGUACACUUUCCAAGAGCACACAGCUUCCUCCGUCCCGCAAAACCGAAGCAGCGGCUACUCCUGAUGCUGAGGGAUCCACCGAAGACUAUCAAGUUGAAUACUUCAAGGAUUCAACCAGCGCUAUGCAGAAUGACCAAGACAGCGGUCCGAGUGGUUUUAAAGACUGCAAGGUGAAUCGAAUAGAUCAAAUAUCAAUGGGGUACAUAAACAGACUAUCCAUAGAACGCGCCUCCCAAGCUUAA